AUGUCGAGCAGCGACGGCAGCGCCGCCAUGGACCCCGCGGCCCAGGCGGCAGCCAUCGCCAAGGCCGAGGCCACCUUCCGCUCCUUCACCAUCGAGCUCUUCACCCUCUUCGGCAUCGGCGCCCUGAGCACGGUGCUGAGGACCUACGGCCGCAUCAAGAAGGUCGGGUUUGCGAACCUGGCCCCUGACGAUUUCCUGGUCUGGCUUGGACUGAUCUGCUAUGCCACCCAAGCAAGCCUGGGAUACAGCAUCGGCAACCUCGCCCAGGGGCUCGCCAACAACGGCAUGACGGACGAGCAGCGCGCGAGCAUCGACGUCAACGGCAAGGAGCACGAGCUAAGGGUUCUCGGGUCCCAGAUCCAGGUCGCCGGCUGGACCGUCUACUCGAUGCUCAUCUGGUGCUUCAAGCUGUCCAUGCUGUUCUUCUAUGUCAGGCUCACGGAGGGACUUGGUCGAGCGUACCGCAUGCGCGUGUGGUACGGGUUUGCCCUAGUGCUUGCGACCUUCUUUGGCACCAUCCUGACCAUCUUCUUGGGGUGCCGCCCAUUCAACCACUACUGGCAGGUCACUCCCAACCCUGGCAAUCAAUGCCAACCUGCUCUGUCCGCCCCCAUUGUCUGGUCGUCGUUCGCUGCCAACGUGUCGACCGAUAUCUACCUCAUCCUCAUCCCGCUCGACCUGCUAUGGGGCUCCACGCUCAAGCUGUACCAGAAGAUAGCGUCCACCAUCGUCCUGGGGACCGGCAUCUUCGUGCUCGUCUGCGCCAUCCUGAAGACCAUCUACGUUUUGGUGGACCCCGUCAACGGCGCGCAGCUGGCCGGCGAGUGGGGCACGCGCGAGGCCUUCACGUGCGUCGUCACGACCAACCUGCCCAUGGUCUUCCCGCUGCUGCGGCAGUGGCUGGGCCCUCUCCUGCCCAGCUUCCUCCGCUCGAGCCGCUACACGAGCGGCAACACCAAAAAGUACGAGACGCGGCCGGGCUUCCGCACCAUCGGCGGCGGCGACGGCAAGGGUGGCGCCCCCGGCAGCGGCGGCGGCAUAAGCGGAAGCGGCGAGGCGCGGACGCCCAGGAGGACAAAGGGCUCGGGCAACCCGGUCGAGAGCAACAUCAGCUUUACUGGGAGCGAGGAGCGCAUCAUGGGCGGCGGCGGCGGCACCGCGGCGGGCGAGGUCAAGCUGCAGCGCCUCAGCAGGAUCGGGAUGGCCGUCACGAGCCCCCCUCAGCAGGGCGUCGCCGUGGCGGGCGUGUACUCGCCGACCACGAGGACGGUGACGGCCAGCGAGAGGGAGGACGGCGUGGCGCUGCCGCGGGGAAACAACAUUGUCGUGUCGAGCGAGGUUGAGGUCACGUCGGACAGGGCCAGUAACGGCGAGCAGCGGCCACAGCGGCCACAUGAGGCGUGGUAG